UGUCCGAUAUCUCCACAUGUCACUGGUGAUGAUCAUGCAGAGUGUCAGCACCACUGUCAAGAAACGCUUCCCAACUGUGGACCAUCUCGUCGCUGCUGACAAACUUACAGUUAUGCAUAAUGAUGCAUAUUUGGCAGAGAAGCGGUAACCAUGGCAACCAUGCAAGAAGAAUCUGGAAGAAUCUAUUGCUGAUAUUACUUCAUCAAAGAAAAAGCCAAUGUUGUUUCAUGCAGAAUUAAUGCUGAUGUUAUUUUUGCCCAGUUCACCACUACCAGUGCCCCCUAUAGGUGCCCCAUUGAACUACCAUGAGUCUACAAAGGUGUCAUGACAAAAGAAGAGAAAAAGAUCAUGGAUGAGCUGCCAACAUCACAUAAUAAGUACUGGUUGCCGUUGAUGUGGUUUUCAUGUCUCGUGACGCAGGCGAGGCAGGAGAAACGUAUCAAAGAUGAUAUCUCAUACAACAGCUUGCUUCAGGGUCUCCAUGACUACAGGGGCUGUUGUGGUAUGUUGUACAGCUAUGACUGGAUCAGUGUACCGAUUGUAUACACACAAGUCACAACACUCGCUGUGUACAUAUUCUUCCUUGCAAGUAUAUUUGGACGUCAGUUCCUGGACCCUGCCCAGAAUAUAGAGGGCUACGAAGUUGACCUUUAUGUGCCAGUUUUCACAAUGCUCCAGUUCUUCUUCUACAUGGGGUGGCUUAAGGUGGCAGAGGUGUUGGUGAAUCCAUUUGGGGAAGAUGACGAUGACUUUGAAACUAACUGGAUUAUAGACAGAAAUCUACAGGUGUCCCUGUUUGCAGUAGAUGAAAUGUACAUGAACUUCCCAAAGCUUCAGAGAGAUCCAUUCUUUGAAGAGGAUCACUUUCAGGAACCUGACUUGCCAUACACCAAAGCCAGCAUUAAGACUAAGAUGAAUGACUUUAUGGGUUCAACUGCCCAUGUCAGUUUAUCGGAAGAUGACACUAGAUUUGCACCCAUGGAAGGAAUCCCAGAAGGCUCUGGUGGAAUAGGUGGCGUUUUAAAUCUCCCGUCACAGACCAUGAAUCAUUGUAUGCCAUCGAGACUUCCAAAUAAUAUACUUAAUCUAGAAGGUGACAAUUUCAGCUAUCUAGAAUCUAAACAAAACUCACGAUUGGACAUCCAAAAUAUAGAGACUCCUCGACCAAAUGUUUCAGCAUUGAAAAGACUAAGGCUUGGAACCAAUGAGUUUGUCAGCAACCACGUCACACCAGCUGGAAGUUUCACAUCUAUAUUGCGUAGCCCGAAAUCUUUACAUUCGGCAAGGCUCUGUAUUGAUGAUGAAAAAGAGCCAGUACAUCCAAACACUUACCGCUUUCAUACUCCAGAGAGCAGCUCUGUUUUAAGUCCAAGUGGGUCUAGUGCCAUACAAACACCCAAUGGAAGUGUAGCUCAAACACCGAACGGGAAUCUCAUGCAGAUUAAAGAUCUAUUGGCUGACACUAUUGGUCGCUUCACAGUCUGCCCGACUCCAGAUGGCGAUACAAACGCCCUGGCUGGACCAGGUUUACCUCAAACUCAAAAUGAAAUUGCUGACAAUCUUGAAGCUGAGGUUUGUCUCAUGGGUGAGGGUAGCGGAGCCUCAGUAUCAACUCCUCUCAAUGCUGUAGACCAAUCAGAAGGCAAGGAUUGCGGAAAUAACGAAGAUAUGAAUAAUUGUACCGUGAACAGCAUGGUUCCAUUGUUGGAUAAUAUUGAGGCUGGUUCAAACGGUGCAGAGAUGGUAUAACUUACUUUAAACAAUUAAAAGAGUGGUAACAGAUGACUGAAGUUCUCUAGAUUUGAUCCAAGCUCUCAUAUAUCUUACAAUUCUUAUGUCAUUUAGACGAAGUGUGACUAUCAAAUAUCAGGCUUCACUUAUACAUUAUUUAGAGCUGAGAUCAUCAAAAUUUUUACAUGCCAGUCACCAAUUGCCAAGACAAUAGAUAGGCCAUAUUACUUUCCACACGGGUCGGGUACUGGAGAAUAUAUUUGCCAAGUUAAAGGCAUGAGAUAUAUAUUACUACACUCAUGCAAAAAACUCAAAUCUGCCAUGCCACUGUAUCUUUUUCAUUUGAUCUUAUUUGGAAAUUAUGUUUUUAAUAUCUUAAGUUUAGCAUAAAUCAGUUAUGUAAUGGUCAGUUUAUAUAAAUCAGUUAUGUAAUGGUCA